AGAGCCGCUCCUCCCUCUGGUGUUCACGCGGUGCUGCUGCAUUGCUGUGUCUGCCUCUGCCCUGCCCCGCCCCGCCCUCCUCCGCUGUCCGCAACCAUGGCGUCGCCCUACGACGAUGAAGGCUUCGACGAUGGCCUGGAGCUCGAGCGGAUCGCCGUAUGUGCCUGCGGGAAACCGUGUUGCGCCCAGCCGAGCAGUGCUAACCGCUCCCAACCACACAGGUCGGUCCGUACUGCGUCUUCGACUCGUUCCGGCCAUCCUUGAGCCCCCAGCCGAGCGGCACCUCGCCGCCGCCCACGGCAAGCAAAGAAAAGAUGGAAGACCCUCUCAUGGCGAGCGCGUUCCAGUUCGAGGCUGCGGGAAUCCGCCCUCCAUGGCUCACCACGGCUCCCGACGACUUGCCGCUUGCCGCGCCGAGCGACUCGCUCGCGGCGCCCAGCUGGAAUGACUUUAUGACAUGGGACCCCAACCUGUCUCAGGGGCCUGACUUGAAGCUUAGCGGCCCCGCCUGCCCUCUGAAGCCUGAACUCCAACGGCCUCCACUCUUCAACCGCAGACAUAAUUCACAGUUGCGCGACCCCUCCCUCCAGAUCCAGGGCACCAACCCGCCCUCCACCCAGGCCAUGUCGGCUCCGACGCACAGCGUGCCCUUCACCUUUGGCGAAAAUUCCGAACUGCCACCCGCAUUCGACUUUGACACGCAGAACCUAAGUUCGCCUCCCGUUGACGGCCAGCACCAUGGCACCUUCUACCCGACUCAGAUGGCCUGGCCCCACCAGAUGGGCGACAACACUCUCUUCUCGCCUCCCCGCUUCGAACCUACUGCUCUUCCAUCAGCUUCCGUCCCGCCGCUGUCGAAUCCACCAAGCCUGCAGCAUAGUCACAGCCCCAGCUCCAUCCACAAUGCCCGGACCAGUUCUUCGUCUGGCCAUUCCACACCCGAGCCCGCAUCCGACAACCCCAAAAAGCGCAAGUCGUCGACUGACGACGACUCCGCACCGUCUGGCAAGAAAGAGAAGCACCAGCCACCCAAGAAGACAGCACACAACAUGAUCGAGAAGAGAUAUCGAACAAAUCUCAACGACAAGAUUGCAGCGCUGCGCGACAGCGUUCCCAGUCUGAGAGUCAUGUCGCGCGGCGCUGGCGCAAACGAGGAGGACGAUGACCCCGAGGAUCUCGAAGGGCUGACGCCGGCUCACAAACUCAAUAAAGCCACUGUGCUGUCCAAGGCUACCGAGUACAUUCGCCAUCUCGAGAAGAGGAACAAGCGUUUACAGGACGAGGUCGCGACGCUGCAGGGCCGGAUAGAAAGCUACGAAAAGAUGGCAAUAUCCGGACCCAUGACACUGCACGGCCCCAUGGGUACUCCCGACGGUAACAGGUAUCAACACGAGGACCCCUUCACGCCCUCACAUAGCAUGUCCAUGUCCGGUCCACCUCAAGGAAUGAUCCCAGUGCCGGAUCACAUCGCACAGAUGCGCCAAGGUCUCCCACCGCAACCGCACUAUGCACACGCAUAUCCCCCUUACGCCGGUGGGUCGCGUCAAGGCCCACCUAUGGUCAACAGCCGCCGGAACAACAGCAUGGUGGGCAAGCUCAUGGUUGGGUCCCUUGCCGGUCUUAUGAUCUUGGAAGGACUUGUUGAACGGGAGCAGUCGCAAGAGGAAUCAGAUGGACGUGGACUGUUCGCUGUGCCUUUCAACUUCGCCGCUAUCCUCGCCCCUCGCGUGUCUUUGGGCGCCACCAGUGCACAACUCCCCUUGGCAAAGCUCUUGCUCAUCUUCGGUGCUAUUUUCUGGAUCAUAGCGCCCAUGUUCGACUUUAGCGCGAAAUCCAAGAAGAGGACGUCGAGUGCGAUACAUCUUGCUCGUGCGCCUUCGCUCGCAUCGCCAGUGGAGGUACGACACAGAGCAUGGCUUACAGCGAUACAGACUGUGUGGGUUCCGAGACACAACUUCCUCCUCGAAGUGGCGGCUUUGAGCCUCAAGACUUUGAAACUCAGCACCCGCAAGCUCAUCGGUUGGCCUCACUAUGCAUUCCUAUCUGGCACUACUAAAGAGCAGGAAGCUGCAAGGAUCAAGGCUUGGAGCAUCGCACUGGAUGCACAAUUGACGGGUGGUGAUGCUGAGAUCAGCAAGAGCCGGUUGGUGCUGACGUUGAUGGCCUCGGGCACGUUGCCGGACACGCCCGGGCGACUGAUGCUCAAGUCUUUGCACCUACGCGUGCUCUUGUGGGAGCUUGCCAAUGCCGGCCACGGCCUCUCUUGGAUCAUGGGCCACCUGAGUGCCAAGUUGGCCCGACGAUACUGGAACAUGGCUCGAAGCGAACACCGCAUUGCAACCAACCUUGCUUCAAAGCCGGACAGCGACGCAGAACCACUGCCGGACCAUCUGGCCGCUCUUUUGGAGAAAGAAUGCGACGAUGUUUUCAGCUUCCCAAUCAUUCAACGCGCGUACAAUUUGGCCUGGAAUCGUCCUGUCGCUGAACACACGAGUGCCGAUCCGUGCAUGGACGGGGUUGUCGGAGACUUUGCCAUCUCGUCCCCAUUGGAUGCACUGGCAGCAUGGUACUCCAGCUUGCUGCUAAGACAGACGCUGGCCGAGUCGCUCAACGACGGAAAGAUUACGGAGUCGAUCAGUGACGGACUCUCUUUGUCCGCUCGCACUGCUCCUCCCAACUCCCAAGCGCAUCUGCGAGCACUCGUCGCCAAAGCCGUAGUAACCGAGCAGGACCGGGCAACCCACAUCGCGACCGCUUUUGCUGCGCUGCCGACACCUCCAUCGAAUGCGUCGUCUUCCGGAACGAAAUUGAUCAACUUGGUGUCUGGCGCCCCAGCAGCAAUCGACGUUCGGAAAGCACUCACUCUGGCGAAAUGUCUCACGCUGGUCGACUCUUCCAAUGAGGAGGCGCGCCGCCAAGCAAUCUUCGUCGUCAACAACACCUACCUUACCGAGGUAACGACAACGCUCCUCAGCUUCGUUGCUGGCCAUAAGAUCCUCGAACGAUUCAUCCGAGACCCCGCGCUCCAGGCCGAGACGACCUACGGCCUUGAGCGUCUUGCUGGCUCACUUCGCAUGUGGGUAGGACAUGAUACAGGCCGUCGAAGCGGUCUCGAUAACAAGAUUCGUGGGCGUAUUGUGAAGCGCUGUCUAGACGCAAGCAAGAUGCUCGUUGGUUUAACGGAUCGAGAAGACUUUGACCCCGGAUACUUCAGCUCCAGUGUCCAGGAUGACGACAUUUCGCCUUGAUGCUUCUGUAUUAUUUUCCUUUUUGUCAUUUUGCGGGCCAGUCAUGCGAUAUCCCUUGGAGUUGGUCUUUCAGUGCAUGUCGAGCAUAUUCGCAGCACAUGUACGGCGUUGUCAUCGGGUUUAAAAGCCAUGUUAUUUGGCAGAGAAUAUCUCACGAAAGAUUUACGGCAGGAAAUGCCACACU